GUGACGCGCCAACCAACCAAUCAGAGGACAGCCUCACCGCUGCCCGGUAACCAUCGACCAAUAGGAAGCGUCUGUUGAUCACCGGUGUGUCGCUCUGUCCGCGUCCCGGUGUCGGAGCCUCCACAGCGGCCGAAGAUGAGCGUGUCUCUGAGAACCGAACUCCCGGCGGACAAAAACAAGCGUAAGAAGAGGCGAGAGCUCACCAAGGACCAGAAACAUGAAAUCAAAGAAGCCUUCGAGUUGUUCGACACCGACAAAGACAAAGAAAUCGACUACCACGAGCUGAAGGUGGCGAUGCGCGCGCUCGGCUUUGAGGUGAAGAAGGUGGACGUGUUGAAGAUCCUUAAAGACUACGACAGAGAGGGGAAUGGCAAAAUAACGUUCGAGGACUUCAACGAAGUCGUGACCGAUCGCAUCCUGGAGCGAGACCCCAAGGAGGAGAUCAUGAAGGCCUUCAAGCUGUUCGACGACGACGAGUCGGGAAGGAUCAGCCUGAGGAACCUGAGACGGGUGGCACGGGAACUCGGGGAGAACAUCAGCGACGAGGAGCUGCGCAGCAUGAUCGACGAGUUCGACGCGGACGGAGACGGUGAAAUAAAUCAGGACGAGUUCCUGUCCAUCAUGACCGGAGACUCCUGCUGAGGACGUUGAUGUUUGUCUGCUCGUCCAUGAAGGUGGACAUGGACAUGAUGAGUCCUCUGAAGUGGUUUCUACUGGAAUCAUCACCCAGGACUGUCGUCAAAGUGUCGUCGACCGUCUUCUUGAAGCGUUCUGAAGUGACUCUGUCUUCAUAUUUCAUGUUGUCGUCGAUCAUUUUUUAAAGUUUACAUAACGUGAAUGUUUGAAUGUGUUUAUUUAUUUUGUACUGAAUAAAUCACUUUGCCGACAAA